AUGAAAUCAACGUUCAUUUCUACUUUAUACUUUUAUUUCACUUCAGUACCACUACGCGCAAGUUCCAUUGGCAUUCGUCCAAAUGCAACAUGGUCAAAGAAUGGUAUCACUGUUGCUGGAGGAAAUAGAGAAGGCAGUGAAACCAAUCAACUCUGGUACCCAUGGGGUUGCUAUGUCAAUGACGAUCUAACGAUUUAUGUCGCUGAUACCAAUAAUCAUCGUAUUGUGGAAUGGAAAUCUGGUGAAAUGAAUGGAAAAGUGGUUGCUGGCGGUAAUGGGCAAGGAAAUGGAGUUCAUCAAUUAAAAGGGCCAAAAGAUGUGGUUAUCAACAAGGAGAGCGAUAGUCUCAUCAUCAGCGAUUACGAGAAUAACAGAGUAGUUCGUUGGCCUCGUCGAAAUGGUACUCGUGGAGAAAUAAUUAUUUCGAAUAUCUCUUCCAUUGGUUUAACAAUGGACGAGAAUGGUUGUGUGUAUGUCGUUGACGAAGGAAGACAAGAAGUGAAAAGAUAUAAAACUUCUGACACUAAAGGAACAGUGGUUGCAGGUGGCAAUGGAUAUGGAAAUCGUCUCGAUCAAUUCUCUUAUCCCACAUACGUAUUUGUUGAUAGAGAUCAUUCAAUAUAUGUGUCCGAUUGGGAAAAUCAGCGUGUAAUGAAAUGGGAAGAAGGUACAAAACAAGGCAUUCCCGUAGCCGGUGGUCAGGGACAAGGUAAUAAUCUUAUACAAUUGCAUGGCCCUCAAGGAGUCAGUGUCGAUCAAUUGGGUACUAUCUAUGUAGCUGAUUCUUGGAAUCAUCGAAUCAUGCGUUGGCCAAAAGGAGCCACACAGGGAAGUGUCAUUGCUGGUGGAAACGGUGCAGGAUCACUGUCAAAUCAACUCUAUUAUCCCACAGGUAUAUCGUUCGGCCAACAUGGCGAUCUCUAUGUCGUCGAUUCCUAUAAUUCUCGAGUGCAAAAAUUUAAUAUCGAAUAA